AUGAAAGAACUCAAGGAGUUAAACCUCUCGUAUACAGCCAUCACGGAAGUCCCUCAAGGAGUUGGGGAAUUAUUCAAUCUCAAAUUCCUUGCAAUGGAUGCACAAGAAUUAAAGAUGCUUCCAAGAGGAAGAAUCUUAGAAUUACCAUUCCAUGUACAAGUAGCUGUUGAAGAAAUUGAGAAUCUGAAAUUGCUAGAGGAGUUUUGUGGAAGAGUGGAAAAUGUGAAUGAUUUUAAUUCUUUGAUUUCAAUGGAUGGAUUGAAGAGAUUGAGAAUUGAAAGAUGCGGAAGAAUAAAGUACAUUUUGAGUAGUGAGGCAGGAUUAUCAUCUCAAAUAUCUGCUAUUGAAAAAAUUGAGCUGGUUGAGUUGGAUGAUAUAAAGGGGUUGAUCGAAAAGGGGGAAAUAGGAGCAUCAGCUGCACUUGCACAACUUGAGCUUCCAACCUCGAAGAUAUUCGUAUCAUCAAGUGUGAAGAAAUUAGAAGAGAUAUUCGAAGAUGAAGGAACAGGUUCCCUCACCCUCCCUAAAUUAAAAACCUUACGGUUAAAAGAGCUGUCAAGACUGAGGAAGUGUGGAGAAAUACAAGAGAUAUUCAGAGAUGAAGGAACAGGUUCCCUUACCCUCCCUAAAUUAAAAAAAGUUGAAGUUGAAAGAGCUUCCUACACUGGAGAGCCUAUUCUUGAUAUUCUUAUCUUUCAAUGUUUUUCUCAGAACGUGGGGCCUCAUUUCGAGACGUGGAAUGCUGGCGUCCUAGGCCCUGUUUCACUCAGUGGCCUUAACGGAGGGAGAAGAGACUUGACAUGGCAGAAAUGGACUUACAAGGUUGGUCUGAAGGGGGAAUCUCUAAGUCUUAAUUCUCUCAGUGGAAUCUCGAACGUUGAGUGGGUUGAAGGAUCCUAUGUUGCACAAAGGCAGCCAUUAACAUGGUACAAGACGACUUUCAAUGCUCCGGGAGGAAACGAGCCGUUGGCUUUAGAUUUGAACACGAUGAGUAAAGGUCAGAUAUGGAUCAAUGGUGAGAGCAUCGGGCGCUACUGGAAUCAGUACAAAGCAUCCGGCAGCUGUGGUGAAUGCAACUAUGCCGGUUGGUUCAAUGAAAAGAAAUGCCUAAGAAACUGCGGCGAAGCUUCUCAAAGAUGGUACCAUGUUCCUCGCUCGUGGCUCCGCCCAACUGGCAAUCUUCUCUUUGUCUUUGAGGAAUGGGGAGGUAAUCCAAGCGGCAUCACUCUAACGAAACGAGAAGUAGCAAGCGUAUGCUCGGACAUAUACGAGUGGCAGCCAACCCUAGUGAACUAUCAGCUACAAGCAUCAGGAAAAGUGGACAAACACCUCUCUUGUGAUGCAGGGCAGAAGAUCUCAUCCAUCAAAUUUGCUAGCUUCGGAACGCCUCAGGGCUCUUGUGGUAACUUUCGACAAGGAAGCUGCCACGCGUUCCAUUCGUACGACGUUUUUGAGAAGUACUGCAUCGGCCAAACUUUUUGCACGGUGCCUGUGACACCCCAGAUCUUUGGAGGUGAUCCAUGUCCAAGUGUGAUGAAAAAGCUCUGUGUCGAGAUUGUCUGUAGUUGAGGGUUUAUGAGACGC